AUGAGCGCUGAGUCGACUCUCUACCGUGAACAGGCUGACGCACAGGCCAUGGCCGCAUUGGCGACUUCUGUACGUGCUGGUUGGAAGGCAGCUUGCAUCUUGCCGCACGAAAGCACCUUGCCAUCGCAAACUUCGGUCUGCCCUGCGGACAGGGCAGAGUUCAGUUUUGUGGAGUGGCUUUUUACAAGGUCUUUGGUUCGACAUCGGCAAGCUCGAGAUCCAUCACUUUGGUGCCCAACCCCUCGUGUAAAAGUGCGGCAAGUGGAGAAGGUUGAAAACAGGACAUUUCUGAAGAGGUAUGCACAGCGGCGCGAGGAAUUGUUGGAGGAGAGGGCAGGCCACAAUUGUGAAGCCUUGCGCGACAUUAAGACAUUCAUCGGGCAGUCCCUGCAGAAUCGGCGGUCAAUCGAAGAAGUUUGCCGUUGCUCAGACACCGGGGUGAACUUGAACGAAGUGCUACUUUUCCAUGGAUCUCCCAAUGGAAAGAUCAAUGGGAUUUUGAAUGGUGGAUUUGACCCUCGAUAUGCUGGUCUUGGCACUGGUGCUAUGUUUGGGCAAGGGAGCUAUUUUGCCCACAACGCCUCGAAGUGCUUCCGUUAUGCUGGUGACAGCACCACAGACCCCGGAGGCUUGCGGCAGAGUGUGCUCGUCGUCAGGGCUUUGCUGGGCAAUCCGCAUUACCAACAACACAUGUGCCCAGAUCGCAGGAUGCCACCCGCCAAUACCCACUCAGUGGUGGCCUUGACCAAAGCUGAAGGUGGAUGUGUUGAUCAUCGCGAGUACGUAUUGUACGAGAAAGCUGCCAUUCUGCCACUCUACCUCAUUGAGUUCCAGCACUUGCCGGAUUGUGGAUGCCUCAUGUGCUGUGUAUGA